AAUCAAAUUUUGAUUAAAAAUUCACAUCGACAUCCAAAUUAAAAAUCACAUUACAUCCAAAUUAAUUUAAAAUUGAAAGCAAUUAUUCAAAUAGUUUAUUAAUAAUAAUUACCAAAAGAAUUUAAAAUUCCCGCCUAUGUAGAAAAAUUUCAAUUCGUGGUUUUGGUAUUUAUGGUUAUGUCAUACAACAAUAAAUUGUUUUUUGGCGUUUCUCACGUUUGGCAAAUUUGCAAUUUUUUGCAUAAUGUAAUUUCAAUCGGUUAGAAAUUGAUUUUAAAAAAAUGGAAAUUUGAAUAAAAAAAGUACUGUAAAAUUAACAAUGGUGAAAUAAUCCUCUACGCAUGUUCAUCUUGGAUUGAACUUAAUUAUUUUUCUCCGGUCUCCGGCGAAAUGGAAAUUUUUGAUUGAAUCAUUUAUUUCUGAAAAAUUAACAUGUAAGAAUUGAAAGUCAAUAAUUUUGUUAUCUCAACGAAUCGUCUCCGUCUUUAAAUAUUCAUAUAGAAAAUUAUUCGAUAAAAAAGGAAUAAACGAAAGUAUAUUAUAACCUUCAAAUUACAGGCUUUUUCACUUAUUAGAGCGAUUUGUAAAAGCUUGCGUAUAUUUGGAACUUGUUGAAGACUAUUUUGGAGCACAAAAGGAAUAGCAAUGGCUGAUGAGAUUGAGUUUAAUAAUAAAUAUAAAAGAAGCAAAAUUCAAACUUCCAACGAUGUAACUGGAAGGUUUUCCUCUAAAUUUAAUAGUGGAAACUAGUUGCAUUACCGAUCAUGUUCAAGCGGAUUUUAUAUAUCAAUGUCGCCACUAUUGGCUCGAAAAUUGUGGGUUUCAUAGCACCAUUACUUAUUCCACCGUUGCAUAUUGCUUUUCUUUAUUAUUUCUGGCAAGAUUUUGCUCGAGAUGUCGAUAAGCAAUAUUGCUCUUGUUCUUGUUGGGACACUGUUUUUAAAGGUUCGUACGAGUCGGGAAUUGCCUCCUAUAAGCACAUGUACUUUAAUGCAACAGCGAAUACAUUGAAAAUAUGGAUAUCAAUUGUUUUUGGAGUGAUCGUGUUCUAUGAGACGGUGAAAUAUUUAACAUGGUUAGCAUUCCAAAAUCGUCUUCGAACGAGUAUGAUAGUUCUCUUCCUGUCUGCUGUCUUCUCGCAUUAUUACUCAUGGUGGGUCUACAUCAAUUAUUGGAAUGACGACUUCUAUUCACAAUGGUACCAUCAAAUGUUCUUCUCCGUCACCGAAUUGGUAUCGACAAUUCUCGUGAUACAUUUGGCUGACGAUAAAAAUCCAGUUACACAUCGAAUAGCAUUUGGAAUCAGUGCUAUUGCACUUAUGCAUAUACUCGCUGGAGGUUGGGAUCAAUUUGUGACGAAUGUGGUCAGAGGUGAAGGAUACGCGCACCAGGUCGUUCGCGAUCUUGGCUUCAUGAUUCCCGAUAUUCUGCAUGUAAUUAUACCUUUGUGGUCAUUACGAUGGAGAUCCAUCUACAGUCUUCCCGGAGCUGGUUUGAAAGAUCCUAAUAUCAAACGUGAUCUUACUUUCAUGUUAGGAAUGGUUCUUAUCGGUUUACUUAUUUGUGCCAUUUUAUAAAUUUCCUUUUAUAAUUCGAAGCAAAGAUAUUUUUUAAGAAACAAUUUUUUAGAAAGCACUUUUUUUUAAAAAAGCAAUUUUAUUUGCUUUCCUUAGUCAUUUGUAAAAGUAUGAAAGUCUCAAUUUUCUUUUGAGUAAAGAAAGCGAUAGUUAUAGUUUCCCCUUAGAGAACAAAUGUAAUUGUUAGGUAUCACCUCUAGUCAAAAUAUGUAUAAGAAUAAGAGAUAGAAACUGAAAGUUUAAAAAAAACGUAGGAUGAACUCAAGACAACGUAACAGUAUUUUUAGGAAUAUAGUUGAUCUAGUUAUUUAAAGCAAAAAAAAUCUAUAGAAAUAUCAAAAUGUUAGUAGUGCAGUAAUCGUUGGUAUUUAACUCCUCCCCCUGCCCCUCUAUCAUAUCAUUUUCCCUAUUUUAUAUAGUACUUUUACAAUUAUAAUUAAUUCACCCUUUAUCGUAGUGUAACUUUUUAUAAUCGCGAUUUUUUUCUAUAUUAUUGUUAUUACAAGGAGAAACAUAGUUUUUGACAUUUUACUGAUUGAAAAAGAAAAAAAAAGAAAUUGUUUUGUCUCGGUGAACAAUUAAAAGUGAAAGUUUUAAAUAUUAUUUAAUUUCAAUAAGACUGAAAAAUAAAAUUUUUAAACUGACUGCGGAGAAAGUAUCAAAUGGAAGCGAAAUUCGCUAAUGAAAAAUCAAAAAAAAAACUUUUUACACGAAUCAAAGAAACUUGCUUUGUGAAUUUUUAAAUCAAACGUGAAAAAUCAAUAUUGUGAUUAUUAUAAAAUGUAAAGUGCCUAUAAAUUUUUCAAUUUUUUAACUAAUGUGUAUUAUUACUUUUGUAUACAAAAAAAAAUAUCAAUAAGCGUAGGCACUAUUGAUGAAACUUUAUACAAUUUUGAAAGAAUUUUCUACAUAUUGAUAUUAUUGUUAUUAUUAUU